GCAGCUCGUGAACGCGAACCGUCGGCUCGCGGGCCAUUCAGUCCGACGCCGGACACGACCGCGAAACCGUUCCGACCGACGUCCCCGUCUCGAUCGCGUUUGCGUACCCCUCCGGUCACACCGCCGCGAAGCGAAACACCGGUCGGCCGUUACACGCGACGAUCGCCACUGCGGCGGCAUGGGCGACGGCGACGACGCGAGACUGGGCGACGCGCAGCUGGACGUGAACGAGUUGCCGGAGGCCGGCGGCGACCGUUUCGAGCUGGGCGAGCUGUUGGGCACGGGCAUAUGCAGCAACGUGUACGGAGCCGUGGACCGCGAGACGGGAAAAACUGUGGCGAUCAAAAUUCAAAACCUAAAAGAAAUCUCAAACAUCGAAAAAGACAUAAAUGAAGAGUACCGAGUUUUGAGGGAUCUUUCGUCGCACUCGAACCUGCCGGACUUUUACGGCGCUUUUACGAACAAAAAUGGCAUUGAACUGUGGUUUGUCAUGGAGAUGUGUGAAGGAGGAACCGUUGUUGACUUGGUCAAUAGUAUUUUAUUACAAAAUAAAAAAAUGAAAGAAGAACACAUUGGAUAUAUACUCAGGGAACUGAUCAGAGCCUUGUGCUUUUUACAUAAUAAUCAAGUGAUUCACAGAGACAUACGUGGCUCAAACUUACUGUUAACAAAGAAUGGCGAAGUGAAGUUGGUGGAUUUCGGUUUAUCUAGGGAGUUACAGGGUCCGGAGUAUAAGACUAACACGGGAGUCGGAUCGCCGGCGUGGAUGGCGCCCGAAGUAGUCUUAGCCGAGUACAAAGACAGUUCGGGUCAAACCCCGUUCUAUGAUAAGAAAAUCGACGUCUGGUCUGUCGGGAUCACCGCUAUCGAGCUGGGCGAUGGUAAACCGCCGUAUUUGGACAUUCAUCCGACAAGGGCGUUGUUCCAAAUCGUUAGAAAUCCGCCCCCAGGACUAUCCAAACCAUCAAACUGGUCGCAAUUGUUUAAUGACUUCAUUGCCGAAUGUUUGGAAAAAAAUGCAGAUCACCGCCCGUUCAUGGAAGAAUUGCUAGAACAUCCGUUUAUAACACAGGUGCCGGAUAAUGUACAAGAUGAAAUAAAAUCGGUGAUGGAAUCAAUUGUUAACGACGUAACGUCAAUUCGAAAACCAGAAGUCAGGAUUAUAAAAAAUGGAUAUUUAAAGUCGAAUCAAAAGGAAACGGCCAAACCCAUGCUUCUCGAGGACUUGGCCGCGCUGAAGGAAGUGUCCGAGGAUGCGGUUCUCGAAGAGCUACAAGCCCGCCAUUUCGACGGCCUGAGCUAUACGUUUGUCGGCGACGUGCUGCUGUACGUGAACCCGAACCGGGACGAAGACCUCUACGAGAAAAAACAUCAUUAUCGUUAUCAAUACAAAUGCCGAUCGGACAACGCGCCCCACAUAUUUAGCGUGGCCGACGCGGCCUAUCAGGACAUGCUACACCACGAACAGCCACAACACAUUCUGAUGUCGGGCGAAACCAAAUCUGGGAAAUCGUUGAACUACGGCAAGUUAGUCGAACACUUGCUAUUCUUGGGCGAGCAAACCCAUGUCAAAGUUAACGACAUCGGUUUGAAAAUAAAGUCCGCUAUAGACGUGAUUCAAGCUUUCGGAAACGCGGCCAACAAGUAUCACAUGAACUCUACUCGGCACGUGAAUCAGACGCAAAUUACGUACUCGUCCACCGGCAAGCUCAGUGGCGCAAUAUUUUUCGUUUACCAAUUAGAAAAGUGGAGAGUGACAAACCCCAAGACCAAUGGACAAAAGAAUUUCCACGUUUUUUACGACUUUUUGGAUGCGGCCAGUGCCGACGGUGUUCUCCAGCAGUACAAAUUGGACGACAAUCAGCGGUACCGGUACUUGACCGCCGACGACGCGGACGAGCAGCGGAAGCAGACCAUGUCUAACGUGAAGAACUUCAACAAACUGUUGGUCUGCAUGAAAGACACGUUGGAGUUCACGGACGGCCAGUUGAACACGAUAUGGCAUAUUUUGGCUGCCAUACUCAACGUUGGCGAACUCAGUGUGUCUGACGAGGAGGGCGAGACGACGAUCGAAGACACGGACCGCAUCGCGAACAUUGCCGAAUUAUUAGAAGUAGACGAGAAGAAACUUAACUGGUCGUUGUUAAACUACUGCGUAGUGGUCAACGGUACAGCGGUCCGCCGCAAGCAGACGGUCUCCGGAGUGUACGAGUCCAUUCGGGUUUUCGCCGAAACGUUGUACGCCAGGUUGUUCGAUUGGAUAGUGAACGUGAUCAAUCUGAAACUGUCGUUUACCAGGGCAAUAUUCGGAGACUCGCACGUGGUGUAUUUGCUGGACACGUUUGGAUUCGAGUGUUUCCAUCAGAAUAAUAUGGAUCAAUUGUUCGUCAAUUGCUUGAACGAACAACUGCAGUAUCAUUACAACCAACGUAUGUUCGCAUGGGAAAUGCUAGACUUGGAGGAAGAAGGCAUAGAGUAUUAUGGCAUGCAGUAUCGGAACAAUAAACCGAUAAUAGACGCACUUAUAAAUAAUCCAGAUGGGCUGCUUUACAUUUUUGAUGAUGCUACCAAAAACGGAGAAGACAACUGUUUAUACGUGACAAAUGCACUAGAGAACAACCCUAAAGAACCAUACAUCAACGUCCCAAGUUCAAAAACUUUCAGUGUGGCGCAUUACAGUGGAACCGUUUCGUAUCAGCUGAAAGACAUACUGGAGAAAAACCGUGAUUUUCUAGCCCCCGAAGUUGUCGAGACAAUGCGCAUGUCUAAAGACAACGUGAUAAAGGACCUGUUCACAAACCGAUUAACAAAAUCUGGAAAUUUAACCGUGUGCAAGGAUAAGUCAUUGAUGGUUAAAACUAAGAACACCAAAAUUAGUCGAUGGGGCGCUGCUUUGAUGGCCGAAAAAACACCGAUUCGAAAGUACAACACGGAAUCGCGCGGAGAGUAUUCGCAGACGCGGCGCGUGCGCACCGCCUCCGCGGUGUACCGGUCCGGGUGCAUGGAAAUACUGCGGUCGCUGGCCGACACGUCCGAGCACAAGAACGGCGUCCACUUCGUCCGGUGCGUGCGGGCCACGUUGACCGACCGGCCGCUGGACUUCCAACCGGACGUGGUCAGGCAGCAGCUGAAGGCGCUGUCCGUCGUCGAGACCGUGUCCGCCCGGCAGAACGGCUACUCGUGUCGCAUAUCGUUCCGCGAGUUCAUACACAGGUAUAAGUUUUUGGCGUUCGAUUUCUACGAGAACGUAGAAGUGACCAAGGAAAAUUGUCGGCUGUUGCUCAUCCGUUUGAAAAUGGAAGGCUGGUUGAUCGGAAAAAGCAAAGUUUUCCUGCGGUACUACAACGAAGAAUAUCUGUCGAGGCUCUACGAGACGCAAGUGAAAAAAGUCGUAAAAGUACAGUCAAUGCUCCGAGCGUUUAUCACUAAAAGAAAAAUGGCCCCACAACUGCUGAAACAACAAUCUGUCGCGAGGAAAAAAUUAGCAAGCGCGACAUCCGAAGAAGAAGAGGCGGCUACUGUCAUACAAAAACACUAUAGAGGAUAUCAAAUAAGAAAAACACACGGCUCACAAGAUAUUGGUAAAAUCGACCCGGCUUCCCGUAAAUUAAUGAAAACUUUUUGCAAUAAGUGGAAAGGAAAAUCAAUUUAUCAAGUCUUACUGAUGGAUCGUGCGAACAAACUUCAAGACGUAGUAUACUUCUCAUUACAAGUGCACUUUUACAAUCAACACGUGAUUAGUGACUUGAAAAACAUGAUCGACCGACCGGUUAUGUUGACAAAACUGAUGAGUACGACGAAUGUAAACGAAUUUUUAGGACCUAAAAAGUGCCAUAUGUACAAGUUGCCGUUCAAACUAAAUCGAAUGAACACGAUCCAUCUGAAGGGCAUAACGGACGAAAACAUGAAAAGCAGUAUUGACGACUGUAAUUGGGAUUCUCCAUUAAGGCGUUUUCCGGAAUCUCGUAAUGCCUAUAAGAUUUUGAAACAUUCGUUCGCUGUCCGGGAUCAAGGUGUUCAAGCUAAUCUCAGCGAAGGAGUACGGAUUAUCGAUAAUAACAGUUCACAAAUCGGUAACGAACGUAAAUAUCAGAAAUUUGAAGAAAAACCAAGAAGACAGCCCUUGAUCGACAAUAGAUAUAGUGCAAAAGAAAGACAGGACCCGAAGCCGACCAAUAUCGUAAACAAACCGAAAACAACUAAACCAACAGACAAAUCAAAUCCUGUUCUCGAACUUCAAUUAAAAGGAAAACAAUACCAGACAGUUGAUGCAGAUGAAGACGAUCCUCCGUACAACUUUCAGGCGAUUCUGAAGAAAACCAACUACAAACGCCCGUCGUUGGAAGGCCGGAGCGUACAGUAUUCUUCGAGUGUAAACUUCGGCGAUGACGGAUCAACUGCGAACAGGAUGUACGCCAGUAAACAAUCGGACGUGAUUCAACACAAGACGAAAGAUUCUGAGCAGCCAGCCUCGGACAAUGUGAAACGAUCAAAGGAUUUCAAAAACGAGCUGAACCAACAGUUGUCCAGAUCCACGAGGACUGAACUUUUACCGGGCAUUAUGCUCGAGGGUUCAUCUUACGACCUUUGAACUUGACCGAUACAUAACUAUUGCAUAAUACGCAUUCAACGCUUUCGAAGUUUCUAGUAUGCAAUAUCACCUAUUAUGCAUAUUUACGUCAAAUCUAUUCUUCGGAUUUAUCCUACCAGUUUCGUACGCGAAUCGUACCACUGCUCAUGCAUUUUCGCGUCUCCGAAGACUUAACAUAUACGAACCAGAAAAAUCAAUAAUAAAAUCUCACGAAUUGUGAUAACGUUAUAACCAAAUACUCUGUAGGAAUAGGUCUGUUUACGGACUUCGCUGCCCACGUUAAAACGCAUUAAUAUAAAGUACACCUAUAAAACAUGAAUAAUAUUUACCAGUAUACUGUAAUAUUUUUAAAAAUAAUGAUCAUAAAAAUAACUAUGUACAACGUUUCAGUAUAUUCGCGAUGCAUGUAUUAUUAUUAGAACCGUUAUGUCUUAGUGUUGCUUAUCUGCUGAUAUAUAUAUAUAUAUAUAUAGGUUUUUACUAUACCUGUUUUAUUCAAUUCAAAAUAAAAAUAUGCUUGUAAAAAAUAAUACAAAAAUUAUAAUAAUUAUCGCAUUAUACGUUCCUUCUAUAUUCAUACUAUACAUACAUCUUUUGAUCGGCUUAAGCGCUAUCCGCGUAGUUAUUAUAACAAACAGUUGUGUUUCGUUACUUUUAUCAUCCGAUUUAAAUAAUAACAGAUAUUGUACCGAUUUUAUUUAGAUUAAAUAAAAACUUACUUACAUA